UUUGCGCAAGGAUGCGAUGGCGACGGCGGACGCUCCCUCCAGCGGCCGGGAGCGCGUCCAGGUCGUCGUGCGCUGCCGCCCGAUGUCUCACAGAGAGCUUGUCGCCCGGCGCCGGAGCUGCGUCAAGGUUUUCACGCGGCAGCACAGGAUCGAGGUGCGUGGACCUGGGCGACGAGGUCCGAUCGACACUGGGGUCAGAGUUUUCGAGUUUGAUCGAGUUUGCGACUCCAAGUGUUCCCAGGAGCAGCUCUACCAAGAGGUAGCUCAUCCGGUUGUGGAGAGUGUGAUGCACGGCUACAAUGGUACCGUACUUGCAUACGGGCAAACCGCGUCUGGGAAGACUUACACAAUGGAAGGCUUUGACGAUCAGCCUGGUAUGGUAACGACAUGAGUACCGGGGGAUAAUUCCCUCUGCGUUCCAGGAUAUCUUUUCUUACAUCGCUAGGAACCAAAGCUCAACCCGGUUUCUCGUCCG